AAAAGUAGAUAAAUUAGCAAGCAAAGCAUAAUGACUUUCUUCUAAAAAUCGGGCAAACUAAUUAAAUAAUUUGAUUUAUUUGGUACUCCUAUAAGUCUGAAUUUAGAUAAAAAGACUCAUUACCAAUCUUACCUGGGAGCUAUCAUAAGUAUUUUAAGUUUGCUAUUGAUUACAACUCUAUGUUGGAAUAUCUUUAUCGAUUAUUUGAACCAGGCUAACUUGCUGAUUAAUACACAAAAUGAAUAUAAUCCAAAUCCUAGCAUGCUAGAGCUCAAUUAGGAUAACUUUUUUUUUGCUGUUAAUAUUUAAUAGAAUGAUAAUCUUUCAUUUGCUAGUGUUCCUUAUUUCGCAAUCCAAGUUGAAUAGGGUCAUGUAUAAAACACAAGUCAAAGUAAGAAUUAAUAAUUUAGCGUUAUUACUAUGUAGAAAUGCUAAUAGUAAGAUUUAAAAAACUUAGAUUAAGAUGUUAUUAACACAAUAAAUAGUAUUGGUAUUCAGAAUUUGAUAUGUCCGAGCACUAAUUUUAAAAUUACAUUGUAAGGAUAAUAGACAAGCCAAAUUUUUGAGUUCCUAAAAAUUAGCGUAAUAUAAUGCGAUGAAAAUAAUAAAGCUUGGGAUUUUGAUAGAUGCGCAACAAGCGCAGAAUUGAGUUAAUUUUAAGCUAAUAAUUAACAAUUCAAAGUGACUAUUUAUCAUACUAAUUACUCUAUUAAUUUAAAUAAGAUGGGAACAUUUUAUUAUAAAUACUUGAGUGAAGAACUUUCAUUCUCAUUUGUUCCAUAGAAAGUAUUUAAAUAAAAUGAUGUAUUUUUUAAACCUGUACAUAUACAAAGUGAUGAUAAUAGCUUGAUAAAUUAGUCUUAUGAUAAUAUAGAUUUGAUUAUUUAGGAUUACUAAGAUGUUAAAGAAAACUUUAUUUUGGAUAGUACAAAUAAAGAAUAUUAAAUUUCCUAUAUUAGGAGGAGUCCCGAAACUAUUAGUAUGAAGAGAUAAUAUUAAAAAUUUUCAAAUGUAAUGAUUUAGUUUGGUGGUCUAAUCAAAUUUGUUAUUACAGUAGCAGGGUUUUUUGUAACUAAAUAUAAUAGUUUUUAAUUUACAAUAGAAAUUGCUAACAAAUUAUAUAAUUUUAACUUUAGCAGUAAUUUAAAAAAUGUGAAAUCUUAACAGGAAUUAAUGGAUAAUAAGAAGACUUAACAAAGUAUUAUUUAAAAUCCAAAAGAACAUUUUAAAAUUAAGAAAUAAUCAAUACAGAUGGUUGCCUUAAAAUAAGAUCUAAUUUAUGAAAAGGAAAGUAAAUAAGCAUCACAAAUCAUAGAAAACGAGAGAUCAAUAUUUAAAGCAAUAUCUCAAAAAUAACCAAACUAAAAAAGCGAAUCCCCAAAAAUCACACCUAGAUCUCUCAAAAAUAUUCAGGAUAUUGAAGAUAAUGCACAAUAAUAAAGUAAUGAUUAAAAGCAAUCCAAAUUAUAAGUAAAUGGGAAUGGCGAUAAAAUAGGAGAUGAAUAGGUUUAAAAACAGCAAAUAAAUAUUAAUUUAAAUUUUGAAGCAAAGAGUAAAAUAGUUAAAGAAGAUCCAUUAAUUUAACGUAUAGCUUAGAAAUUUUAACACUAAAGAAAAGAUUCAGUGAAAUAACUCUAAUUAUUCUAAGAAAAUAUACAAAAUUAGUACUACACAAAUAUUAAGAAAAAAAAACAAUCUGUUUUUAAUAAUUGCAAUGCUGUAAAUAAUUAGCAGAAUGAAUUGUAAGAAAUAGGAGAGAGCCCUAUUGUGAACAAAAACGGGAAUGAAAACAUAUUCAAGCAUUAAGAUUCAAUAAUGAACAAACCCACUUUCAUUUAAUCAUCAAACAUCAUAUAAAAUUUAGUUUAUUUUAAAGAGAUUGGCUUCAAAAAUAAAAAGGACUUCUUGGUUGAAUAAUUCAGAAUUAUCAUAAACAGAAGCAAGAAAAUAACUGCUAAAAUAUGGUAUUUUUUGAGGCUCAUCACUUGCGGUAAAUGCUUCAAUACAGAAGAGAAUUUUCUGAUAGAGAAAGCGAGAGAGUAUGCACAAAAAGAUUUAGAUAUUUAUAUAAUACUUGAUAAAUUAUAAGAAAUUGAGAAGAUAAAGAAAAUUUUACUUGAUGAAAAUCAGCUAAUUCUUUUUAAUUUUAGCCAGAAGCCUUUAAUAUAAAAAAAUGACGAUUUCCUUUAAACCCUAAGUCUACGAAAUUUGUAAAUUAAGCAUCGAAAAUCUGAAACACUAUCAAAUAGAAAUAAGAUGAAUUCAAUAAAUAAUACAGCAUCCUAAUAAGAGUCUCUCUUUUGUAAAAAACUUUAGUAUGACAACAUUGAAGCAUAUGAAAAAUUACACAAAGCUUAUGAAAAUAUUAGACCUUACCAUUUGCAAGAUAAAGUUAGUAGGUAAUUGGUCAAGGAAUUAGGAACUGAACUGAGAGAAAUAUUUGAACUAUCAAAAAUUAUAGAAGGACAAUCAGACAAUACACCUAAAUCAACUCCAAUUAGAAAUGCUUCGAAGACAUAGUAUGAAAAUGUUGGAUCUAAGCACUUAGAAGAUUUAGAUUUAAAUUAAAUUAUGAAGCAAAAAUAAAACUCUAAAAAUAGCUUACAUUUAUGUGAUGGCAUUUACAGCAGUGCACCAAAACUACCGUCAAAAAAUCAGUUUGUUAACGAGUGCUUAUCUCCAGAAGAAAAGCCAAUUGAUGAAAAUAUAACAUCUCAUUAAAAGAAUCCUUAUAUUUUUACAAGUUCAUCUACAAAUAAACCAGGAAGAUUAUCUAUUUUCAAUAAUAUGAAAGGAGCUUAUACACAGGAUUCCAAUUAGCCAAUCGAAGAGAAACAAUCAUACAGUGAUUCUGAAAGUAGCGAAGAUAGUGAUAGCUCUAAAAGUAAAUCAAAAUCCUCUGAAGAUAAAAGCCAUGCAUCCAAUUAAUAAACAAAGUCUUCCUAAAAAUAAAAACCUAAAAUAGAUAACAUAUAAGAAGAAUUCCUUGAUUCAAAUUUAUCUAAUUCACAGUACAACAACCAAAAGAAAGAUCUUGACCUAUAAAUAUGCAUGGAAAAGUAAAGUUCCAGAUAAGAUAAUCAAUUAGAAUAGCCUAAACUAAAAUCUUAAAACUAGUCAGGCUACGACUUGUCAAAAAGUUUUAAAAAUAAUUUAGCACAAAUUUCAUUAAAUUAAUCAUUAUUUGUCUAUGAUGUUGAUUUAGAAAAUCUUAACAAUUCCUAAUACAAACAAACAACAGAAGCAAAUUUAAAAGAAUAAGACUCUAACUAAAAAGAUUUCUAUGCUUUGCCUGAUUAUCCGAAUAUUUGA